GGAAACUAAAUAAAAAGACAUCUAUAUUUAUGUUUAUUUUUGGAAGUCAUUCUCUUUACAUAACAGAUGGUAGAUUAGAUGUUAAACACCUACAGUACUUAACCUAUCCAGUUCUCAAUUUUUCCCAUUUCAUUUGCACGUUCAUCUCAGUCUGGUUUGGUUUAAAGCCAUAUAUAUUCCUAAAAACAACUUUUGCUUUUGUUCACUUUCCAGCUAUGAGUGAACAAUUGAGAGGGAGCUUCAACGGGUCUUCCCCCCCGGAGCUCAGACUUGUUCUUCUGGGAAACAUUGGAUGUGGAAAGACAUCAUCAGCAGACACUAUCCUGGGCCAGCUGUCCCCAGUAACUCCCAGUUCCUCCAGGAGCUGCCAGCUGCGGCAGGGUGUCUCUGAUGGCAGGAGUGUGACCCUGGUAGAGGCGCCGAGGUGGUUCUGGGUCGGAGGCAAGGUGGAGGACAGCGUCAGGAAGGAGACUGAGCAUGCGUUGACGCUGCUAGCACCAGGCCCACAUGCUGUUUUACUACUGGUACCUGUUUGCGUGUUUACAGAGAUGGAGGGUCGUGUGCCUGCGGAGCUGGAGUUGGUGUUUGGGGAGGAGGUGCUGGAUCACACCCUGGUCCUGCUGACUUGUGGGGACUACUUGAUGGGAAAAACAGUGGAGGAGUACCUGCGGGAAGAACACCCAGGCCUGAGGCAGAUAAUUGAGCGCUGUGGGGGGAGGUACCAUGUCAUUAAUAAUCGUAAGCCGGACAACAGGGAGCAGGUCUGUGAGCUUCUGGACAAGGUUGACAACAUGGUGAGGAAAAAUGGGGUAUACACCAAGAAAUCAGCUCAGGAGAAAGAACUGGACAAACGAAUGAGAGACAGAAAGCAAGAACUUAUGGAAAGUUACAGAGCUCAAAAGGAAGAGAGAAUGGAGAGGACUGCUUCAACACAUAUCCCAAACACAGAAACACAGAGGAGUAAUGAUAGUGGAGAGGACUACAGCACCACCUGGGAGAGGAGAAGAAGAGAAGAGAGGGAUGUGAUGGAUGGAAGAGUGGGUGUGAGCCAAGUGUCAAACGGGCUUCAUUCAACUCCAGCACCAGAGCGACAGUCAUAUUCAGAGCCACAUGAGGUCACACAGGUGAAGAGGACACCCAGUUUCAGACUAAAUGCAGAUGGAGCUCUACUCUCACAAAUGACUGAGGUUAAAUCAUCACCAAAAUUGGUCACUACUUUGCACCACAGAAUCAACAGUUUUGAAGACAGGUCCCCUGAGGUGUCUCCGACCUCCUCUCCUGAUUCGCCUGUCUUCGCCUCUUCCCCGUCAUUGCCAGCCUUCAACCAAGCUCCUUCAUCUUCGUCCUCCGCCUACUCAUUCCCUUUAUCCUCCUCUUCCUCCUCCUCCUCAUCAUCUCAGGAGCUCCGUCUGGUGAUGCUUGGGCGAUCUGGAGCAGGAAAGAGCACCGCUGCCAACUACAUAUUGGGACAGAAGGCGUUUGAGUCACAUCCAGAAAGCCUCACAGCGAUCACUAAGGAGUGUGAGAAAAAGAAAGCUCUGGUUGAAGGAAGACAGGUGGCGUUGGUGGAUACCCCAGACUGGUUCAAUUCAGAGCAAACGCCAAAUGAGGUUCGAGCUCAGAUCUCCUCCUGUGUUGCUUUAUCCAGUCCCGGUCCCCAUGCCUUCCUCCUGUGCGUCCCUUUAGACCAGCCAGCAAAGACCGAGCUGCAGGCUCUCAGGGCUCUUGAAUCCAUUUUUGGUCCGGAGUCGGUCGAAAGACACACGAUGGUCCUCUUUACUUACGCAGAUCGACUGAGGGAAAGUGGGAAGGCUGGAAACAACAGCGUGGAGGCUUACAUCGCUGGUCAGCGUGGGGAUUUGUUAAAGCUGGUGGAGAAAUGCGGGGACAGGUUUCAUGUGAUGGAGACGGCAGGAGGUUGGAGGAAGAGUAAGAAUUUGGUAGAGCUGCUUGAGAAGGUGGAGCAGACAGUGAAGGAGGCUGGGGGACAGUGUUACUCUUGUCCUGCUUUUCAGGAGGCAGAGAAGAGAGUGAGGCAGAGACAAGUGGAGAUGGCAAGGGAGAGAAGGGGGAAAAAACUAGAGGAAGAAAGACAAGGGGACGUUAGACAGCUCAGUUCUGAUAGGCGGGCACUUUAUUCCUACAUGCAGCCUGUGGUUGAGGCAGAAGAGGAAGUGAGAGAGGAUGAGAUUGAGAAAACAAGGGAUGAGGCAGAGAUGAGUGUAAGAACCAUGAAUAUCGAGAGCCUUCCUCCUGUUACACUUUCCAGCAUUAACCCCUCACUUCUCAGUUCCAUUAGGGAGAAAAUGGAGUCUGGUGCAAAGAAUUUACCCAAGCUGUUAGCAGAUAGCUCUGUGUGGAUCAGCGAGGGAGCAAAGAAGGUGAAAAGUAGUCCAGUGUGGGGAAAGGUCGGCGGCGGAGCACAAAAUGUCCAGAAAAUAGUGGUUGACAGUUCUGUGUGGGGGAAGGUUGGAGCUAGUGCCGGACAUGUGUCCAAACUAAUAGGAGAUAGAGUUCCCAAGGUAGUGGUGGAUGGUUCUGCAUGGGUGGGAUCCGGAGCAAAGGCUGCCACAGCAAAUCCCAUGUGGGGAAAAGUUGGUUCAGGGGCAAAAUCAGGGGCCAAACUGAUGGCAGAUGGUUCCAUGCGUGUCGGAGCCGGGAUUGGAACCGGGGCAAAGAAUUUGGCAAAGAGUCCUAUGUGGGGAAAAGUCGGAUCUGGGGCCAAAACUGGAGCUAAACUGAUGGCUGAAAAUUCCAUGCGAGUUGGAGCUGGAAUCAGUUCCGGUGCGAAGAAGGUGGCACAGAGUCCUGUGUGGGGGAAGGUGGGCUCUGGGGCCAAAGCAGGGGCCAAAAUGGUGGCUGAGAGCUCGGUGUGGGAGAAAAUUGGGACCACCGCUAAACAGGUGCCAAAGGUAGUCGUAGGGGGAGCAUUGCUAGGACUGGUGCUUGGCGUGUUUUUGGGGGGUGUGCUCGGCGGAGCUGUUGGGGCAGUGGCUGGAUCUGCAGUAUCUGAGGUGGGCAGACGAAAAUUCAGCAAGAAAAACACAUUAGAAAACACGAAUGAAGCUGCAAAAAAUAUGGAGCGAAAAGUGAAUGACGGCAUGAACUCACUGGUAAAACAAGGUGAGAAAGUACUGAAAACUGAAUGAAGGGCUGAAUGUACAUUAAAUGUGUAACAAAUAAAAAGAAAAUAACAUCAGACAUUAAUAAUAUCAGAGUGUAUCAUUGGAAAAACAGUGGAGAAUAUGUUUUUCAUUUUGAUUUUGACCAGCGAUCUUGACCCUUUUCAUGUUUGUUUCUUUUUACACAACAAUGAUGCAAUUUCUUCAUUUGUAAAGAAAUGCAUUGAGAUGAUACCCAGCUUCAAUAAUUAAUUGUAUCCUGGCAGUUCAUGAAUGAGAAUGUGUGUGAUUUCCUUUGACAAGGCAAAUGUUGAUAUCAAGAGGUUAAAACCAGACUGACCUACAAACAUUUUUAGUUAUGAAUGUCAAAAUAUUGUUGUAUAAGUAUAUUGUCAUCUACAAAUGUUGUCCUUCUCGAUCUGCUCUAGCAAUAUGCCUGAAAACAUGUUUUCAGAUUUUGUCAAAAUGUGUUUAGGUAUAUGUCUUAUAUGCUGUGUGCAAGAUGUGUCCGAUUCUGUGAGAAAAUAUAUUUUUGUAUAUUAUUUCCUGUUCAUCUUUAAAGCAAGUUAUACAUAUACAGUAUAUCGAUCAUUUAGGAAUUAUCUCUUGCUAAUACUGUAAUCUUCUUCAGCUCUCAAUUAAAAAACACUUAUUUAAAAUGA